AUGCGUAUAAUAAUAAAAUGGACUGAAAAAAUUCACAAAGGGGAUAAAUAUGAUGCACCACCAAUACAUUCACUAUGUUUCAACCCCGAUGGAAGCCAACUAGUAGUCGGUGCAGGUGACAAAAUAUUAGUAUACAAUCCGAAUGAUGGAUCCUUACUACACACUUUAAAAGGACAUAAAGAUAAUAUAUACUGUGUAGCUUAUGCACGAGAUGGCAAAAACUUUGCUUCGGGAGGAGCUGAUAAAACUGUUAUCAUUUGGUCAUCAAAGAUGGAAGGAGUUUUGAAAUACUCACAUGCAGAAGCUAUUCAGUGCCUAGCUCACAAUCCAAUUUCUCACCAGCUUGCAUCCUGUGCAAUAUCUGAUUAUGCCAUUUGGUCAUCCGAACAGAAGUCGGUCCAGAAAUAUAGAUCUUCAUAUAGGAUAACAUCAUGUGCUUGGACAAAUGAUGGACAGUUUUUGGCACUUGGAUUGGUUAGCGGACACGUUUCUAUACGAAACAAGACUGGCGAAGAAAAGUUUAAAAUAGAACGUUCAAGUAAACCUAUUUGGUCUGUAGCUUUUGCACCACCUUCAGUUGGCUCCACAGAUACUUUAGUAAUUGGCGAUUGGGGCCAACAGCUGUCUUUCUAUUCCCUAGCUGGCCAAGCUAUAAAUAAGGAACGACAUUUAGGUUUUAAUCCUCUGUUUAUUAGCCAUUUUCCUGGUGGUGAAUAUAUGUUAAUAGGAGGUUGCAGUAAUUCGAUAAUUUUGAUGGCAAAGGACGGUGCAAGACUUACAACGUUGGAUGAUCAACCGUCUUGGGUGUGGUGUGCCAAGGUUCACCCAAAUGCCAACGUUAUUGCCAUAGGUCGUCAAGAUGGAACGAUAUGUUGCAUUCAGCUAAAUUUCACUAUAGUACAUGCUCUUUACAGAGAAAGAUAUGCUUAUCGGGAAAACCUGAGUGAUGUAAUAAUACAGCAUUUAGUUUCAGGACAGAAAGUCAGAAUCAAAUGUCGAGAUAUUGUCAACAAAAUAGCUAUUUAUCGAAACAGACUAGCAAUCCAGUUACCAGAACGUGUAGUCGUGUAUGAAUUAAAUUCUGCUGAAAAUCAACCAAUGCAUUAUAAAGUUAAAGACAAAAUUUCCAAGCAAAUCGUAUGCAGUUUUUUGGUUGUGUGUGCAAAACAUUUACUUCUGUGUCAAGAAAAAAGAUUGCAAAGCAUGACAUUUCUUGGAAUUUUGGAACGUGAAUGGCAAUUGGAUAGUUAUAUAAGGUACAUUAAAGUUACUGGUGGGCCUCCUGGACGAGAAGGCAUAUUGUUGGGUCUAAAAAAUGGCCAGGUCUGGCGUAUAUUCGUAGACAAUCCUUUGCCAAUAAAGGUGACCCAGAUUAAUGGUCCUGUUCGAUGCUUAGAUCUUAGCUUGUCUAGGACGAAAUUGGCAGUUGUGGAUGAAUCUAAUAAGCUUCUAGUCCGAGAUCUUCGAACAGAUAAUCUUUUAUAUCAGGAAAAUAAUGUGUCAUCCGUGGCUUGGAAUAUCCAAUACGAAACCUUGUUAUGUCAUUCUGGUUCUUCUGGGAUGGCAAUUAGAGCCGGAACUUGCAGUCCUAGGUUUUGGUCUCAAAACGGAGGUAUGGUAGUUGGUCUAGCAGGGUCUACUGCUUUUUAUCUUCAAGGCAGUACUGUAGCUGAUGUCAAAGUUCCAUUGAGUGCGACAAUGUACCAAUAUCAUGAUUGUGGUCUGUACAGUGAAGCUUAUGAAAUUGCUUGUCUCGGAGUGCCAACGCACGAUUGGGAAGCACUGGCUGAAGCUGCUUUAGAAUCAUUGAAUUUGGAAAUAGCACGAAAUGCAUAUAUUAGAAUUAGGAAUUUAGAGAAAUUACAACUAAUAAAUGAUUUAGAGGUGCGUCAAAAAAAUAACGAGCAUCCUGAUUCAAUAAAAGCAACAAUCUGCGCCUGGUUAGGCAAGUUCAAAGUAGCAGCACGUCUGUAUCAGAACGCUGGUGAAAAUGUUAAAGCUAUGAAUAUGUAUAGCGAUCUCAGAAUGUUUGAUUUAGCCCAGGAAUGUCUAGAUGCUAACAGUGCAGCAAGCGAAUCCGAAUCCAAGAGUCUGAUCAAACUUCGAGCUGAAUGGGCCAGAUCAGUUCAGGAGCCAAGAGCAGCAGCAGAAUUGCUGUUGGCAGCAGGCGAAACUUUGAAAGCUGUACAGGUUGUCGCUGAUCAAGACUGGCCAGACGUACUUCUAGAUAUCGGAAGGCGUUUGGAUAAAUCAGAAAAACCAGCUUUGGAAUUAAUAGCGCAAAAUUUAAGGCGGUUAAAGGCGAUUCCUUUAGCUGCUGAAAUUUAUCAAAAACUAGAAGACGAUAAACAAGUUGUCCAGUUGCAUAUCGAGGCUGAAAAAUGGGAAGAUGCUUUCAAAUUAGCUGAGCAAAUGCCUGAUGUCAUAAAGCAUGUACAUCUUGAAUAUGCAAAAUGGUUAGCCGAGAAAGAUCAGUUUGUUGAAGCUAAUCAAGCAUUUAUAAGAGCAGGCCAGUCUGAUGAAGCAUUUAGGCUCUUAUCGAAACUGGUUCAAUGUGCUAUUUGUGAGAAACGUUACAAGGAUGCUGGUUAUUUUAUGUGGCUGAAAGCUGUACAAUCAUUGGAAUUAUCCAGACAAAGGAUCAGCAAAGAAGAAAUACAUUUAGAUGAAUACUAUGAACUCAGAUCUACUGCUGCUAUAUAUUAUGCAUAUGAAUCAAUUCAUCAGUAUUUACAAGAACCAUUUCGCAUGCAGACGCCUGAUGUUUUGUUUAAUAUAAGCAGAUUUUUGGCAAAUGAGACUAAAGGAAAAACAUUACCUGGAAUUUCGCAAUACUCUAUCCUAUUUGUUCUUUCAAAACAUGCGAGAAUCUUAGGAGCAAACAAAUUAGCUUUACAAGUAAUAGACAGAUUGCAAGGUCUACGAGCGCCUGCAAAUUUACAAGACCAAGCUGAGAUUCAUUUGCUAACAGGUCGAAGUAUAAAAGGCGGUUUUCACGAUCCUGAAGAUUUGUUACCAUUAUGCUAUCGAUGCUCCGCGUACAGUCAGCAUUUACAAGGUUCUUCAUGCAGUUCUUGUAAACAUAAAUUUGUAUAUUCGUUUGUAUCAUUCGAAGUGCUGCCCUUGGUGGAGUUUUUCAUUGAAGAUGAUAUAAGCGACGAAGAGGCUAUAAAAUUAAUAGAAUCUCAAAAUGUUGAAACGAGCACUAAGGACAAAAUGACAAUAAUGGGAGAUCCAUUUACAGAAGUAUUACUGCAAGAAGAUUUAAUAUUAAAUCGGUAUGCAUUACAACAAUUGGAUCCAAGAUAUGUUCUAAUAGUACAUAACAAUCCACCAAUUCCAACAAAAUAUUAUAAAAAUAUGAUGCCAGGAAUGGUUAUUACAAUUUGUCAUUCGUGUUACUGUGUUUUUCAUACUGAUGAUUAUGAACUACAAGUUUUGCAAAAAGGAUUUUGUGCUUUUUGUAGAGUUGCACCAAAACAUAAAUAAAAAAAUUACAAAACAAGUAUAGAUAUAUAAUUGUAACAUUUAUUAAUUGAUCACAACAAA